UGUUUUUAUCAAAAAAAAUAAUAAUAAUGAGACCAUGUGAAAUCCGUAUCCUGAUGCAGACUGGAAAUCAGGGGGAACAGCUAAGAGUUUCAGCGAGUACCAUACCGAGUGAGACCUGACUAUCAGAUUUCUUCCUUGAGGAACUUAAAAUCUCCCAAGCAGCCUAACCCAGCUCCUCAAGUUUUCAUCUUCUGCUAUUUCCUUUCCCACAAAAGCUUCUAAUAUGGAUCAAACUCUCUUCACAAAAAUGGUUAAUUACGUCUCUCUUCCCUCCCUUCCAUUUCAUCUUCUUCUUCUUCUUCUUCUGCCCGUUAUCUUCUUCAUUUGGAAGCAAUUUACCUCCCAAUCGAUCAAUACGCCACCAGGCCCAAAACCAUGGCCAAUCGUCGGUAAUCUACCCCAAAUGAGUAAACAAGGCCAUAUAAGCAUGACCCACUUUGCCAAAAUUUAUGGACCUUUGAUUUCUCUUAGAUUAGGAACCCGACUCCAUAUCAUCGCCUCUUCACCUUCUUCAGCAAUUGAAAUACUCAAGAACCAUGAUCGUCUUCUCUCUGCUCGAUACAUACCAGAGAAGCUGACAGGUUCUAAACCCAAAGAUGCAGAACUCAGUCCGGCGUCGCUUAUGUGGGCCCCCGAAUGCACCGGCCACUGGAAGUUGCUUCGGACAAUGUGCCGGACCGAGUUGUUCUCGCCCAAAGCAAUAGAAUCGCAGACUAGUUUGAGAGCCAGCAAAUUGGCUGAAAUGGUUGAUUUUGUGCGUGGUAGAGAAGGCCAAGCGGUGAAGAUUAAGGACGUUGUGUUCACCGUUGUUUUCAACACCCUGUCUAACCUCUUCUUCUCCAAGGACCUCACAAGCUUUGAAGAAGAUGAUUAUGGUGGAUGCAAAGGCCAUUUUAGGAAGCUUGGGGAAGUGGCAAGUAGUGUAAAUUUAGCAGAGUUUUUCCCAAUAUUAGCAGGGUUGGAUCUGCAGGAUAUAAGCAAGAAAACCCAGAUGCAUGCUAAACUACUCACAGCUGAGUGGGAAAACAUUGUCAAGGAAAGAAAAGAAAACCGAGGCAAGAAUUCAACGAGUCAGCGUGAUUUCUUGGAUGCCAUGAUUGAAAAUGAGUUUGCAGACCAUCAGAUUAAUCAACUGGUUAUGGAAUUGUUCAGUGCAGGCACUGACACAACUACUAUUACGGUGGAGUGGGCAAUGGCUGAGCUGCUGAAGAACAGAGAAGCCAUGGAAAGAGUUCUAGAAGAGCUCAGAAGUGUAUUCGGUGACCAAAACUCAAUCUCAGAGUCAAAUCUCUCUCAGCUUCCAUAUUUGGAAGCAUGUUUCAAAGAGACACUGAGAUUGCACGCACCUGUACCAUUCCUCCUACCACAUUGUGCUCCUGAAACCUGUGAAGUUAUGAAUUAUACAAUCCCGAAGAACGCACGGAUUCUAGUGAACGUUUGGGCAAUUGGAAGAGACUCUGCAUUCUGGGAAGACCCAUUAUUGUUCAAACCAGAAAGAUUUAUUGGGUCGGAGUUGGAUUUCAAAGGUCAUAACUAUGAGUAUUUGCCAUUUGGAGCAGGUAGAAGAAUAUGUCCUGGAUUGCCAAUGGGAAUUAGGCAAGGCCAAUUGAUUUUAGCCUAUUUGCUCCAUUGCUUUGAUUGGUCGUUUCCAAAUGGUGAGGAUGCUUCAACCAUAGAUAUGACUGAGAAGCUUAGCUUAACGUUGCAGAUGGUAAAACCUUUGCACUUAAUUCCCAAGUGGAAACUCUGAUAUGCAGACAUGUUAUGCUUUGCUGCUUCUUGAUUUUA